GAAGUCAGAGCUCCUGUGCCAGCUCCCUCUGGAGGUAAUUGGGAGCCACAGCCCUUCAGAAGGCUAAAGGGUGUGAGUCCUUCUGGUGGAGUGGUGACAUGGUGACAAGGGACAGGUAAGGUGAACCAGCCAGACACGCAGGUGCCUGUCUCCCCUAGAUGGAUUCCAGCAGGCUGAAGCAAGAACUACAGUGGAUGAAGCUGGUCUGGGAGGAGACCACAGCAGACAAGACAGACGGACCUCUUACACCUCAGGACUGGAGUACUUUGUUCCAGGCAGUGUGGUGGGGAGCUCCCAGCCUGGUGAUGCAGCUGCUGAGGCAAGGUGCCAGUGUGGAGGAGAGGGAUCACACAGGUAGGACUCCGCUCCAUCUGGCUGUGAUGCGAGGGCACGCACCAUUGGUUCGCCUACUGUUGCAGCGUGGGGCCUUGGCAGGUGCAGUUGACCACACAGGGCGCACACCACUGCACGAGGCUGCCUGGCAUGGGCACUCGAACGUGGCAGAACUAUUGCUGCGACGCGGGGCUUCAGCAGCUGCUGCAUGCUCUCAAACGGGCCUCACGCCCCUGCACGGGGCAGCUGCUCUGGGCCGCCCGCUACUGGUUACGUGCUUUACGGCGGCUCCAGAUUCAGUCCCUGACGUGAAAGACAUAAGAGGCUGGACUGCCACACACUGGGCAGCGGCUUGUGGGCAACUGCCGGUGCUGGAGCUGCUGACUGCUGGAGGCAGCGUAGACCUGGACGGCGCUCUGCUGGUGUCAGCGGUAGCUGGAAGUGCGUCAGCGUUGCGGCUUCUCCUGACACUGGGGGCAAAGGUGGACACCCUGGACAGUACAGGAGCCACCGCACUUGGCCUGGCAGCUGGCUUAGGCCACCACCAAGACAUUGAGGUGCUGCUGGGCCAUGGGGCAGACCCAAAUAUCAGGGACAGGAACAACCGCUCUGCACUCCACAGGGCUGCCAGUGGUGGCUAUCUACGUGCUAUACAGCUGCUGGUGGCUAAGGGCACCGACGUAGAUGCUCGAGACUCUCUGGGCCUCACACCUCUGCACUAUGCUGCUCGGGGAGGCCACAGAGAAGUUGUCAGCCAUCUCCUGGACAGGGGUGCGCACGUCGAUGCUGCUGGCUGGCUCCACAAGACCCCUCUGCAUCUUGCUGUGGAAUGUGGCCAUACCACCAUUCUGGAGCUUUUGCUGAGUCGAGGAGCCAACCCUUCCUUGAGGACACAAUGGGGUGAAGUAGCCCAGAUCCCAUAG